AUGAGCACCGGAGCGGGCAUCGACUACAGCGUCUGGGAUCACAUCUACGUGUCGGACGAUGAAGAUGUGACCAAUCCGUUUGUGGACACACCGAGCCUGUUCAGGAUGAGACACCGGUCCCGGCUGGAAAGGAUGAUCGAGUUUCAGCAGAGAGGGGAAGAGCUGGAGGAUCAUUUAGUAGAAUGCAAGAGGUUUCUAGAGGAAGCUCAGGGACGGCUCAGAGAGCUGGAAGAAGGAAGGAAGGAGGGAGAGGAGGACAAGGAGAAAGAGGCUGAGCUAGAGAAAAUUCAGGCCGAGGUGAGAAAACUGAAGAAGGAUAAGAAAUCGUUUGAAAUGAUAGAGGAAUAUCGGCGAGAAGAAAAGAAGGUGCCGUGGAAUGUUGACACAAUCAGCAAAGAGGGUUUCAACAAGAGUGUUCUCAACAUUAAGCCCGUCACAAAGGAGGACACACAGGAGGAAAAGGUGGAGAAGCAUAAGGCCUUUGCGGAAAAAUAUGCAAAGGAAAUCAGACACUUUGGUAUGAUGCGGCGUUGGGACGACAGUCAGAAGUAUCUGUCGGACAACCCUCAUCUGGUGUGUGAUGAGACGGCUAAUUGUCUUGUUGUCAUCUGUAUUGACUUUGAGAUAGAUGAAAAACAUGCACUGAUGGAGCAGGUGGCCCACCAGGCCAUCGUCAUGCAGUCCAUCUUAGAUUUGGCUCUAACGCUGACGGUCGACCCACGAGGCUGCUUCAGACAAUUCUUCUCCAAGAUCAAGGAAAUGCAGAGGAGCUUUGAUGAGAAGAACAUUCAGAUGCUGCAUGAUAUCUUUGACAAAAUGGACCUUGAGGAGGGAAAGUACCACCUGAAGAGGUGCAUUGACUCUGGACUUUGGGUCCCGGACUCAGGAGAGGGUGACGAUGAAGAGGAAAAUGAUGAAGAGGAUGAGGAAGAAGAUUAAACAGAGAAGGAGGGACCUGCUGUAAAUGAAUGGCUCUCUUGUGUUCCACCUUGGUCAACAGCGCCAUCUCAUGUCUGUUUGUGGGUAUAGUUUUGUGGAGCAGAGACAAAAAUAUGAACCAACCCUGAACACAGAUUUGUGAAAUGAACUCAUUUGGGAUACAAAAUUAGAGUCGUGGCUGCUAAAUAACAAACACUUUAAACUAGAAUAUAUAAUUAUCCUACAUUGAUUAGGAAUUUAGGUAACUUUUAAAAAG